GGAGAAGAGGCGGAGUUAAGUGUCGCUGUUAAAGGCGAGUCCAGCCGCCACUUUCUCAGUGUGUUCAUUGGGAUUGUUCUGUACGUCAGGGCUACUGCACUGUUUUGUACGUCGUGGAUAUUGUGUGAACCAACCGCUACAACUACAUCGAAAUGGCUGAUCAGCUUACAGAAGAGCAGAUUGCCGAGUUCAAGGAGGCUUUUUCACUCUUUGACAAGGACGGAGAUGGUACCAUCACCACCAAAGAGCUGGGCACAGUCAUGCGCUCUCUGGGCCAGAACCCCACAGAGGCAGAGCUGCAGGAUAUGAUCAAUGAAGUGGAUGCUGAUGGAAAUGGGACGAUAGACUUCCCAGAGUUCCUGACCAUGAUGGCCAGGAAGAUGAAGGACACAGACAGUGAGGAGGAGAUCAGAGAAGCAUUCCGUGUCUUUGACAAGGAUGGCAACGGAUACAUCAGUGCUGCUGAGCUGCGUCAUGUGAUGACAAACCUGGGUGAGAAGCUGACUGACGAGGAGGUGGAUGAGAUGAUCAGAGAAGCAGAUAUUGAUGGAGAUGGACAGGUCAACUAUGAAGAGUUCGUACAGAUGAUGACAGCGAAGUGAAGGCCUUGUACAGAUUUCUUAUAUAAAUAAUUUGCCUUUUUCUUUGUGUAAUUUAUCUGUAAAAUCUUAAUAGCCCCCUCCGCCCCCUGCUCCUUCUGCUGUCCAAAGGAACUGCAUGUAAACUGCAUAGGCUCUUGUCCCGAUGUCCCUUUCUUUUGCUGUCAUGGUGUUUUGGAGUGACGGAAUGGUUGUUCAACCAGAUGCCCGUGGAGGCCCCUGGGAGCUGGAGAACUUGCAAUCUUCCUGUCUUGUGUGCUCGGGGCCCCCUCCACGCAUGGCGACAUUGGAAACCUGUCAGCUGGUUGUCACUCGGCAACACUGUUGGCAUGGAAACAAUGUAGAGGAGUUUAAACUCUGCAUGGACUAUGGACAAAGUAUAUAUGGAAAUUCUCAGCAUUGCACUACUGCAGAAAAAUGACACGGGUGUAUCUCCUAGGUACUCGUACAAACUCUUUUUGUAUCUGCUGUUCUAUAUAUCAGAAAGAAAGAAAAAAAACAACUAAUCUUAUGCUUAAUGUUUUACUCACUACUUUUACUUUUCUUUUUAUUUUAAAUGACCUCUGGUCAUGCCUCAAAAUUCAUUCCAAGUUGUAUAUUUUUGUUUUCCAAUAAAUUUUACAAUCUACCCAGAGAUGAAAUUGUCUUGUUUUCUCAGACUUCUGAACCCUUCAGUUUGUGCUCACUGAUGAUUCCCUUGUUUUGUACCAGAGGACGGGACGCGCCUUUUAUUUCCUUCCUUGUUGCUAAGACUCCUCAUGACAAUGUUUACUGUUCCAAAUUUUCACCUUUUGCCCCCCACCCUGACCCUACCCCCUGCCCUCUUAAAGCACUGAGGAGCAUCAGCCAAUGCCUCUUCAGUUCAGAUGAAGUCUGGACUGUCGUUAAGAUAUCAAAGCUCUGAGUGGGCUGAUCAAAGGCUUCUGUUGUGAAGUGCUCACCGUGGCGCUGGACGUUAGCUCAGCCUUGUGCCGUCCACCUCCCUGCUGACUCUUAAACACCAUGUGUUGUCUGCUGCUGUUGGCACGGCACCAUGUAGAAGCUGAUUAUCACAUGUCUUACUUGGCGUCCGCCCCCUCCUCAGUCCCCCCCCCCUUCCAUCACAUGGUGCAGGUGAUUGUACAUCAGAGACGGUGGUGUAAAUAGGGGUGUACCUGUUUUUUAUUUUCUGAUGAUUUUGAGUUUGUUACAGUAGCUUGCGGAGAUACUGAGUUUGUUACUUUAAUGAAUGAUAAAAUAAAUAAAGCUCUAUUGUGGA